UGAUUUAAUGCACUAAUGUGAUCUGGACGAUACGAGCUGGAGUUUGCACGUGUUUGUGAUUUUUCAUUUUAUAUCUUUUAUUCAAUGUUUCUAAAUAAUUUUCGUAUUCACAAUAAAACUUAAAACAUUAAUAAAUCGCUAUGGCUGUGUUUGGUAAAAAGAAGUAUCAGAGUGGCGAGGGAGCACAGUUCAUAACAAGAAGAGCUGCUCUUAGAAAAUUACAGUUGACAUUAAAUGAUUUCCGUAAGUUAUGUAUACUGAAAGGUAUAUAUCCAAGGGAACCACGCAAUCGUAAAAGAGCACAGAAGGGUGACACUGGCAUUAAAACUUUAUAUCAUAUAAAAGAUAUCCAAUUUUUGAUGCACGAACCAAUCAUAUGGAAACUAAGAGAUUACAAGAUAUUCAACAGAAGAAUUGGACGAGCAAAGGCAAUGAAAGAUUUUGCUAAAGUAAAAAAAUAUUUAAGCAAUCAUCCUACAUUGAAACUGGAUCAUAUAGUUAAGGAACGCUAUCCAACCUUUAUAGAUGCUCUGCGUGACUUAGAUGACUGCUUAACUCUCUGCUUUUUAUUCAGCACAUUCCCAUCAUUGUCUCAUAUACCAAGAGAUCAAUCAUUAUUAUGUAGAAGAUUAACGAUUGAAUUUCUUCAUGCUGUUGUUGCUGCUAAGGCAUUGCGUAAAGUAUUUAUAUCCAUUAAAGGAUAUUAUUAUCAAGCAGAAAUAAAAGGACAAACAAUAACAUGGAUAGUGCCGCAUCACUUUUGUUUUGAACCUCAAGCAAAGAAUGAAGUUGAUUUUAAAAUCAUGUCUACAUUUGUGGAAUUUUAUAUUGUGAUGCUUGGUUUUGUAAAUUACAGACUGUAUAAUACUCUAAAUUUACAUUAUCCUCCCAAGUUAACUAAUAUUGGAGAUAUCGAAAAGACAUUGGUCGAUGAAGAAGCGUUUGUGUCAGAGAGAAUAAGCGCAUUGAAUAUACCAUUAGUCAAUUUGGAUCCUUCAGCAUCAGCGAUUGAAGAUGAAGAAAUUGAAUUAGAUCAGUUUUCAAAUGAGACAGAUGCCACCAAAAUAGAAGCUGCUAGGGUAGAAGCUGAGAAAAAACAGAAAUUGAAAACCUUGUUUAAAGGUUUAAAAUUCUUUAUAAAUAGGGAGGUACCCAGGGAACCCUUAGUAUUUAUUUUACGUUGCUUUGGUGGAGAAGUGUCUUGGGAUAAAUUACUAUUUGUUGGUGCCACUUUCGAUGAGAGUGAUGAAACAAUAACUCAUCAAAUCGUAGAUAGACCAAGUUUAUCUACGCAGUAUAUAUCAAGAUAUUAUGUACAACCUCAGUGGAUUUUUGAUAGUGUAAAUGCAAGGGAAUUAUUACCUGUAAAUAAAUACUUGAUGGGUGUCGUUCUUCCUCCUCAUCUUUCACCAUUUACAGAGAACCGACAAGAUCAGACUUAUAUUCCUCCAGAAGAACGUGCUCUUAUGGAUCCUGAUUAUAAAUUAAACGAUUUGGAAGCAGAUUCAGACGAAGAAGAUAAUGAUGAUAAGAGUGACAAUGAAGAAGAGAAAAUUGAUGCAAAUGACGAGAACAAUCUGAGUUCAGGAAGUGACGAAGAGAAUGAAGAAGAGGAAGAAGAAGAAGAAGAAGAAGACGACAAUAAUAUGCAGAUCGAGAAAGAAAAGGAAAAAGAAAAGAAACAAGCUCAAUUGCAAAAGAAAAAGAAGAUGAAGGUGCAGACUGGUGAGAUCGUGAAGGAAAAUCCAUGGGAGAAAGCUCAACAAGAGAGGCAGGAAUAUCGUCUUAGGGAGAAGAUGAUUAAGAAGAAACACCGUAAAUUAUACAAGAGUAUGAUGAAAGGUCGACAGGAUAGGGCCAAACAAAUCUGGCUCUUGCGAAAGAAGAGGCGUGUUCAUGAUACUAAAGAAAAAGAGAAGCGCAAGGAGCAACGGAAAGCAAACAUGUCUGUCAAAUAAAGUAUGCUUAUUAUUGCAUAAUAAAGUAUUCCAUUUUUCCAUUUUGUAAAUAAGAAUUAUAAUA